AUGCUUAUAAUCCUAAUGGUGGCUAUGAUAAAUGUUGCAAGUAAUGGAUGCAUUGAAGCAACGCGCGUCAAGGACGAAAACUACCACAUGCUAUUGAAGCCUAAAGGAACAGUAAAGACCAUUGAGAGUGAAGAUGGCAGAGACGUGAUUGAUUGUGUGGACAUUUACAAACAACCAGCAUUUUACCAUCCUCUCAUCAACGAUUUACAGGUGGAGCCUAGCUCGUAUCCAAGUGGGAGAAAAGUGGAUGAAACCCUACCGGAGAUUAUUCAAGAUUGGCGUAAAAAUGGAGAGUGCCCCGAUGGAACAAUUCCCAUCAGAAGGACAAAAAAAUAUGACCCUCAUCGACAUUUUCCAAUUGGCUUGCAUGGAAGAAAUUUCAACAGUAGUUUGGAUCCGGAUAUACAUGAUGGUCACGAGGUAAAGACAAGCACAAACAAUAGAUGCUUACUUGAAUGGGUGGCUAACGAGUCUAAUUUGGAAAUAAUCUUCUUCUUCGUAUGCCAUAGUUUACGAGAAGGAGGCUCUUACCAUGGAUCACAAGCGCGGAUUAAUAUAUGGAACCCUCAGGUAGAGGAAAAUGAAAUGAGUAUAUCUCAAAUGUGGGUUGCGAGUAACACUCAACUAGAAAGCGUGAAUACCAUUGAAGUCGGAUGGAUUGUUCUUCCAGAAAGGUAUGGUGACCAUCAGACUAGAUUUUUUGUAUAUUGGACGAGCGAUGGCUACCAAACCACGGGAUGUUAUGAUCUCGACUGCCCUGGUUUUGUGCAAAUGAGUAAAAAAUUUGGAGUAGGUUCUCCCAUUGCCCCUGUUUCCAUUUACGCUGAGGAGUCAUUUGAGAUACUAGUAGAAAUAUUCCAGGACGUGGAGACGAAAAACUGGUUGCUUCUGGUCCAAGAUGAACUAAUAGGCUAUUGGCCUGGAAAUAUCUUCACUACCUUAGCAAACGAUGCCGAUGAAUUGCAUUGGGGUGGAGAAAUUUUUGACUCCAAAAGAAAUGGACAUCACACAACUACUCAAAUGGGAAGCGGCCAUUUCCCAAAUGAAGGUUAUAAAAAAUCAAGCUAUUUCCACAACAUUCGAAUGAUGGACAACUUAAAUUAUGCUUGGAGUGAGCCGGCUAAUCCUCAAACAUAUGUUACGAAUCCUCUAUGCUACGAUUCACAAAUCGCACCAAACAGACAGGGUAAUGCGGGUACUUACUUUCAGUAUGGAGGUCCAGGCAAUUCUGCACAAUGUCCAUAA